AUCUUCUUCGAAUUAUUUUAUUUCUUUUAUCGUGAAAUCUCUAUUCUCUCAGCCGCUCUUUUAUUUUCUUCGUCUUUGAAAUCCCUAAAUUUCAACUGAAAAAUCUCUUCUUUUUCUGAAUCUAUAAUUCUCAAAACCCUAAAGUAUUUUUCAACUCAGUCAGAAAUCCUAAAUAUUUUCAACCUCACUCUGUCACUUGCCAUAUCUCACUCAUUAUUUUAAAUCAGUUGGUUCUUUGAAGUCGAUAAAUCGUGAAAUCAAAAACUCGCCGCUUCUGUGUAGUCUGCGAAUCCAAGUUUGCUCGGGGUUAGCCAAUUGAAGUUGGCGUCCGGGAGGGAUUUUGUUGCUUUGAAGGGUUUAUUACUGAAUUUGGUAAUUAGACCUGAAUUUCCUCUGCACUGGUUAUAAAGACCAUAAAAUAAAGUUAUGGCUAAGAUGAUGGGGAACAGUGAUAGGUUCUCAGGAAGGUAUUAUAGGAAUAAUGCAUUUCAGACAGCUGGUGAGUCUGAGGGGUCUGGUAGCUCUGGGAGGAUCGAAACCGAGAUUAUGGCUUCAGAGGAUUCAAGUGCCCCCACUAGGAAAUGCAUUAAUCUAAAUUCAGAUAUACAAGACCCUUUUGGUGUUCCCAUGCAAAUCCUUUCUCUGUCAAACAUUUCACCACCUCAAAGGAAGGAUCUAUUAAAAAGGUUGGGAAUUGAACUUGAACAAAUACGGGUUGUCCUAAAGAAAGUGGAGUUUCAAAGAACAAAUGGGGUUACUGUAUCUUCUUCUAGUGAUAUUCUUAGUUGUAGUAAUGGUCAAAAUGGGCCUGAAGUUGAGAAGUUCAGAAAGUCCUCAGUGAUGAAUAGCAGGCCAGGUAAGAAAAUGAAACCUGUCAGGAAUAAAGGACAUGAAUGGAACCGGGGUGCUACAGGAAGGAAUGAGUCUCCAAAAAUACAGCCUCCAAUGGUGAGCACUACAAAUAUUCUUUUGAUGAAAAAAUGUGAAACUCUGUUGAAACGGCUAAUGUCUCAUCCAUAUGGUCGGGUCUUCAACAAUCCUGUUGAUGUGGUGAAGUUUAACAUUCCGGAUUAUUUUACUGUUAUUAAGCAUCCAAUGGAUUUGGGAACAAUAAAAGUAAAGAUAGCUUCAGGUGCAUACUCAAGUCCAUUGGAAUUUCGUGAUGAUGUAAGGCUUACAUUUAGGAAUGCAAUGACCUAUAAUCCACCUGGGAAUGAUUUCCAUAUUAUGGCAGAUACACUGCAUAAAUUUUUUGAAGAGAGGUGGAUAGCUAUCGAGAAAAAAUUACCAGUAUCUGACCCCCAAUUAUUACCUGGAAAGAAAGGCCCCCAUUUUGAUGUAGGGACUGGUAAGGCAAUGCCUAUGGCAAAAAAGAGAAAAAUAGAAACAUUCCAGCAUGAAAUUGUGCCAGAGCCUGUUAAGCCAGUAAUGGCUGCUGUGGAGAAGCAGAAUCUAGGCAAAGAGCUAGAGUCUUUACUGGGAGAAAUGCCAAUGCAUAUCAUUGAUUUCUUGAGGGAUCAUAGUUCCAAUGGAACGGAAAUUGGAGAGGAUGAAAUUGAGAUUGAUAUAGAUGAGCUCAGUGAUGAUACAUUGUUCACAUUAAGGAAGCUUUUAGAUGAUUUCUUGAAAGAGAAACAAAAGAACCAGGCAAGGGCUGAGCCUUGUGAAAUAGAGCUGUUGAAUGAAUCGGGACUGAGCAAUUCGUCCAUGCAACAAGGCAAAGAAAAUGACAUCGCUGAUGAGGAUAUAGAUAUUGGUGGAAAUGAGCCUCCUGUCUCAAGCUAUCCUCCUGUGGAGAUUGAAAAGGAUGCAGGGUUCAAAAGCAAUAAAUGUGUUGGUUUGGACAGCUCCAGCGAUUCUGACUCUAGCAGUUCUUCUGAUAGUGAAUCUAGUGGUGUUAAAGCGUCAAGUCCCAUUGAUGUCUCAAAGGUACCAGAAGCCUUAAGUUCUGGAGCCCAAUUAGAUGAGAAGACAAAUACCGGAAACCCCUUUGAUGGAAAUCAAUCUGUGAGUGAGUUGGAUCAGGUUGAACAUACUACUUCCCAGCAAAAGCCAAGCUCUAUUGAGUCAGAUUGUUGUCAAGAUGGUGACAGUGCUCCCAGUGAGAGGCAGGUCUCACCUGAAAAGCUUUAUCGGGCUGCUUUAUUGAAGAAUCGAUUUGCUGAUACCAUUUUAAAAGCUCGGGAAAAAACUCUUUCACAGGGUGACAAGGGGGACCCUGAGAAAUUGCGAAAGGAGAGGGAGGAACUUGAACUGCAGCGACGGAAAGAAAAGGCUCGGUUGCAAGCAGAAGCAAAGGCAGCAGAAGAGGCUAGAAGGCAAGCCGAAGAAGAAGCUGCAGCUGAGGCUAGACGAAAGAGAGAGUUAGAGAGAGAAGCUGCACGGCAGGCCUUGCUGAAGAUGGAGAAGACUGUCGAAAUAAACGAGAAUUCUCGUUUCCUCGAAGACUUAGAGAUGCUUAGGACUGCUCCUGCCGAGCAUAUACCAAGCUCUGUUGAUGAGACAAGCCCAGACCACUCUCAGGAUGGCUUGGGUAGUUUCAAGUUUGGAGGCAGUAACCCUUUGGAACAACUCGGUUUAUACAUGAAAGAGGAUGAUGAUGAGGAAGAACCUGAACCACCAACCAUUCCAAACCCUCUAAAUGAUGCAGAGGAAGGCGAGAUUGACUAAGACCUCAGGAUCAUAAGAGAGUUUUAUCAGCAAUUGGACUGGAAAAAGGGUCAAGAGAAGAAGUAUCACAUUAUCAAUUUUGGGUUGUUCUUGUUUUGCUUUGGAAAUGAGAUGUGGCAAAUAUUGUUAGAUGGGGGCUUGAUUGAUAAUGUUAAAGGAAGCCAUAAGUGGGCUGACAGAUAGGCAGCUGAAAAGAAAACCCUGUAAGGAUGGUUGAUUUUGUGAUGAAAAAAAUGGGGGCCUUAAAGUUGUAUUACAAACACUCUUAAUGAAGGAUUGAAACACUUUAUGCGUUCGGAGUCAUAGCAAGUUUAUCAGUUGAAAUGAGAAAUUAUUAGCAUUAAGUAGA